AUGAAUUUGAUUUUUGUUAAUUACUGUUUAGAGAAAAAUGACUUUUUUAGAAAUAUGAGGUCAAAAAAAGGAGUCAGUCAACUAAAAGCUAUUCCGGAAUACACUGUUAACAAGCAGAGCGAAGAAUAUCAGACAACUUCCUGGAAUGUAUUAGAAACCUCUAUAUCUAAUUUAAUUAAGCAUGUGGAUUCAGAUGCCAAAGCCUAUGCAAUUAAAAAAAAGAUUGUACGUUUAAAUAUGUGGCGUGGUAAAGGUAUACUUUGCAAGAAUAUUAUGGAAGCUCAGUUAAAUUCAACCAGAGAUACUCGCAUAUAUGCUUUGUUUAUUUCCCUUAUCUACGAUGAGGUUCCAUCAGUAGGAGAGUUACUUUUGGCACGAUGUCUUUGCCAAUUUUGUGAUGCAAAUAAGAAGAAAGAAAAAUGUAAAUAUUUAGCAUCAGUUCUAUUUAUUUCGUACUUGAUUAAUUACGAUGUAGUUGCUCCGAUUGUGGCAAUAAGAUUAUUACAGUUUCUCGUCAAACAACCCAACCAGGAUUCAAUUGAUGCAUAUUUUGUGAUUCUAAAUACAUGUGGGCAUAAAGUGAUGGAACAUUGUUCGGCAGACCUCAAUGAGAUUUUAGAUACUAUCCAAGAAAAAUCGCUGUACAAUAUACGGUUUUUCAGAAAGAUUACACAUAUGAUGCACGUAUUAAUAAAAACUGUUUCGCUUAAAAACGGCAAGCCUCCUGCGGUUUCGAGAGUUCCUUUGAAUAUUUCUUUCAAACAAUCACUCAUUCCAGAUCAAUAUUUGGACUCUUACUUUUACGAUCCAGAUUAUGAAGCCUGUGAAAAAAUGCAUUCAUUAUUUCGCGAACAAAUAUUGGGAACUGAUAUUAAACAUGAAUAUGUAUUAAUGUACGAUUAUAAUACCUAUGGUGCAGGAAAAAAGUCACAAACAAAAUUGAUGGUUAAGCGCACAGGAAAUCCAAAAAUCGACAAAAAAUCGAAAUUUUUAAAAAACGUAGUAAAAGUCUUAAUGGCCUCAACAUCAUUUAAGUAUGAAAAGUGCGCUUCUCAAUUAAUGAAAAUAAAAUUGCAACCUGGCCAAGAAAAAGAUAUUUGCUGUGUAUUUUUGGAGCUUUGCUGUGAGAAUGAUGAUUAUACUGAGAAUCUUGGACACAUAACACAAAUAUUUUGUCAGCUAAACAGAUUGCUAAUUGAACAGUUUGAGAAAUUGUUUGUUGACACAUACGCUAUUGUCAAUAGUCUCGACAAGAUAAAAUUACAAAACGUUGCGAAAUAUUUUGCUCAACUGCUAUAUACUGACACAAUUUCUUGGACGGUUUUGUCAACAAUUCAUCUGAAUGAAAAACAAACAACAGCAUCUACCGGAAAUUUUGUCAAGCAUUUGUUCUACGAGUUAGUUAAACAUAUCGGAGAACACAAUAUGAAUUAUUACGUUACAGAUCCAUCAUUGAAAGAUGCGUUUGAAGGAAUUUUCGGAAAUAAUCAGAACCAUUCCAGUUUUUCUGUCAAUUUGUUUUCAACUAUUGGUUUGGAUGGCUUAAUUCAUACAUUCCAAGAAUCAUUGAUUUUCUAA